AUGACUGCAAUUGUUAACAUUUCCUCAGAAGUGCCACCUUCUCGUUUCAAGGAAGCUUCAACUCUUCACUCUUCAACUUGUUCACGAAUUGUGACAACACCGCAUGGAAAUAUAGAACCUCCAGCAGUUGUUGCAGAUAUCAAAGGGAUUAAGAAGCAUGCGAUAAAUGAGUUUAGCAGAAUACUGAAGGAAGCUAAAAGAAAGCGGGACGCCCUUCGCAACACUGCUGAUCAGUGUAAGAGGGACGCCCUUCGCAACACUGCUGAUCAGACUGGGAGGGACGCUCUUUGCAACACUGCUGAUCAGACUGGAAGCGGGACGCCCUUCGCAACACCUCUGAUCGGCCUGGAAGAACGGAAGACGUACAAGCCUGGAGACGGCAUGAUAGAAAAGUUCAUCUCAAAUAUCAACUACCAAAGUGAUGGCCAACCCAAUUCCUGGGUAACCUCCAAAACAACAGAGAAAGACCCACGAUGUCUUGGAGACCUGCAAAACAACAGAGAAAGACCCAAGAAAGAACCAUCCAAAGCAACAGGGAGAGAAUUCCAGACCUCAAGGUUCAACGAACUCAAAGCUCGAACAAAGGAGAAACAGUGGACAGUGGCACUCUCCGACAUAGCCGACUGGCCAAGAAUCGAAGCCGUUGCUAAGUUUAGACUACGUACCGGACACGAAUGCUUGGCAAAAACCGUCACAGUUUGGGAGUAUACACUCAAUCCACAUGCCUCCUAA